AUGGAACUUGAUAAAUUUAUCUUACAACAAGAUAAUGAUCCCAAACACACUUCCAAUGUAGUAAAAGAUUGGUUGGAUGAAAAGAAUAUUGAUGUAUUACCUUGGCCACCACAAAGUCCAGAUAUGAACCCUAUUGAACAUAUUUGGGCAUACAUGAAGAUGUGCUUAAGAGGAAAAGGUAAGCUUAACAAAAAAAUCUUAAAGAUGAAAUUGUUAAAAUAUUGA